AAGAAGAUGUUUUAUUCUGAAAAUGCUCAAAAACUUGGCUUUACAUCCUAGUUUUACUCGAGUCCUGCUUGAUUCUAGUGCAACUACUGUUGUUGCACGUAUUUUUUGAGGUUGUGUUUUUUAUUAGAGUGUAUUUUAAGAGACUUUAAAGCGUGUGGUUGUUGUUUUUGUUCGACAGGUGUGUUUUGUUAGCCGACGCGGGUAACAUGCUAAACGCGUGUACGGUUUAGUAGCUGGAGUCGUUCGGAAAGAGUUGUCGUUAGGCCCGUUCGUGUUAUUUCCAUCACUUCCACUGGUUUACAAGUCUCUAAAACAGAAAUGUCACUGGAGGACUAUGAAAGACACUUCGACUCUCUGAAUUCGGACUUGGGCAGCGGGUCAGUGGUCAGUGAACGAUCGUCAACGAGCACAUUUAAUGGCGAAGAGGAGAAGUUGCAUUACAUUCCUAUCCGGAUCCUCGGGAGGGGGGCGUUUGGAGAAGCAACUCUGUACAGAAGAACAGAGGACAACUCUCUGGUCGUAUGGAAGGAGGUGGACUUGAACUCCCUCUCAGAAAAGGAGCGCAGAGAUGUAAUGAAUGAAAUAAGCAUCCUAUCCAUUUUGGAGCACAACAACAUCAUCGCCUACUUCAAUCACUUCAUGGAUAAAAACACUCUACUCAUUGAAUUGGAAUAUUGUAAUGGAGGAAAUCUAUAUGAUAAAAUCAUCCAAAGAAAGGGGAAACUUUUCAGUGAGGAGGUGGUCAUUUGGUACCUGUACCAAAUUGCUUCAGCAGUAGCUCAUAUUCACAAGGCAGGAAUCUUACACAGAGAUAUCAAAACCCUGAACAUUUUCCUGACCAAGACUGACCUCAUCAAGCUGGGCGAUUAUGGACUCGCAAAAAAGCUAGACUCUGAGUUUUCAAUGGCAGAGACUUGCGUGGGAACUCCUUAUUACAUGUCACCUGAAUUGUGUCAAGGAGCGAAGUACAACUUUAAAUCAGACAUCUGGGCCAUGGGUUGUGUACUUUUUGAAGUCUUAACUCUUACAAGAACAUUUGAUGCAACGAACCCUCUGAACCUGUGUGUGAAAAUAGUUCAGGGUAACUGGACUAUGGAAGUCAACUCAGAUGUGUAUUCAUCUGCGUUGAUCAAACUGGUGUACGAGUGUCUCGAUCAAGAUCCUGUAAAGAGGCCUACAGCUGAUCAGAUUCUGGACCAGCCUUUCAUCUCCUGCUGCAGACAGGAGCUUGAAGAGCGCGUUGUCCUUCUGAAUUCAGCUAUGAAGAAACCAAAGCUGAGCACAGUGAGUGAGACCCCUGUUGCCGUGGUGACGACACGCUCAAGGGAGGUGUACUUCUGGGGUGGAGGGAAGUUCACCCCUCAGAAGCUGGACACAUUUAAAGGCGGUAGCAGUGCCCAGCAUGUGUGUGCAGGAGAGAGUCACUUUGCAGUUGUGACUGUGGAAAAAGAGCUGUACACCUGGGCUAAUGUCCAAGGUGGGGCCAAGAUGGUGGGUCAGCUGGGGCACGGAGACCAGGCCUCGUACCGGCAGCCAAAGAAGGUGGAUAAACUCCAGGGGAAAGCCAUCAGACAGGUGGCAUGUGGGGCGGACUUCACUGCCUGUGUCACCGAUGAGGAUCAGAUGUACAUGUUUGGGUCAGACUACUAUGGCUGUAUUGGAGUAGAGAACGUCCUGGGUUCAGAGAUUUUGGAGCCAGUGCUUUUGGAGUUUUUCGAGGAGCGUCCUGUUCGCCAGGUGUCAUGUGGAGACAACCAUGUGGUGGUUCUGACUCAGAAUGGGGACAUCUACUCGUGGGGCUGCGGAGAGUAUGGACGUCUUGGCCUAGAAUGUGAGGAUGACUUCUCUUCUCCAAUGCAAGUGGAGAAUCCUAAAGGUGCUGCCAUCUCCUCUGUUUCAUGUGGGAGUGAUGGAACCUUCUUUUUGACAGAAACAGGCAAAGUCCUUGCUUGUGGAAAUAAUGAAUUCAACAAGCUGGGGCUCAAUCAGGGUAUCUCUGGUCUUAAAAACCACCCUGGAGAGGGUUACCAGGGGAUCCCAUACAUAACCACCCUGACCUUGGUAAAGCAGUUGUCACGAUUCAAGAUCCAGGUCCUGGCUCCAGGGAAAACCCACACAGCUGCCAUUGAUGAGCGUGGGCGAUUGAUAACAUUUGGUUGCAACAAGUACGGACAGCUGGGUGUGAAGGAUUUUAAGAAACACCAGGGUGUUCAAGUGCUUGUUGGGCCAUUUGGAGGGAAGAUAGUGACCAAAGUGUCCUGUGGAGAUGGCUUCACCAUUGCAGCCACUGAGGACAAUCAGAUCUUUGCAUGGGGAAAUGCAGGAAAUGGGCGACUUGGAAUGCCUGCAGAUAAAGGAUUUGGUUCAGAGGUUUGUCCUGCUAUGCCUCGGCCCAUCUUUGGUUCCCUUCAUCAUGUGCCGGAUCUUUCUUGCCAGGGCUGGCACACCAUUAUCAUAAUGGAGAAAGUGCUGAAUUCCAAGACAAUUCGCUCAAACAGCAGUGGGCUGUCAGUUGGCAGUGGGCUCGGUCAGGAGGCAUCCACGUCCACAGUGGAUCUGGACAUGGAACCUGGUUCAGAGACAGAGUGUCGUGAUAGGGGUCUUGGUGGUACACUUGAGGUCGACAUUGAUGAAUGCCUCAUGGAGACCCCGAUGAUGUCAAUGACCAACCAGACUGGGGACAGCUCAUGUCCUCUUUGGCUUAGAAAGGAGCUGGAGGACGCGGAGUUCAUCCCAAUGCCAGAGGACUCCAUGCCGUCCACCCCUAACCAGCUCUCUUCUUUCUCAGAGAGUGUCACUCUACCUUAUGAGGAGCUGAAAGAGUUAAAGGCUGCAGCAGCAGCAGUUGGCAGCAAGAAAGACCUAUCGACUAAACGAAUGGGCUGUGAUAAAGUCAAUGGACUGGAGACAGCUGAAGUGUGCAAAAAAGGAGAAUGCUGCAAAGCGAGUAGUGAGGUUGCACAGUUGCGUGACACAGUGGCUCUUCAAGACAUAAGGAUCCAAACACUGGAGAAGCAGGUCAGCGAGCAGAUGAAGGAGAAUGAGAGACUUUGGGCAGCACUCAAUCGUUUAUCACUACGAGAAACAGGAAGCGACAAUAAUGGCAAUCACCGCUCAGAUCGUAUCCCAGGAGAUGGAGGAGGAAGAGGAGGUGGAUUCACAAACCAUGGUGGCAGAUCUGCAGGGGCUAGUCUGUGAGCCUCAGUAUGCAAAUAUAACAGUUAUAGGAGAAAUGUCAGAAAUCUUCAGUACAUGAAAUAAACAAACCAGUUAGAUGAGAGUUGCAGGUGCAGUGUGGCGCUCAGAUGUAACCAGAGGCAGCCCCAGGUGUUACACGUUUCACAGGGCGCUUAGUUGCAUGAUUACCUUUUAUUUUGUAAGCUAAAUUGCACAAAACCUUGCACGCUCUCACACGGACACCGCAGUUCACAUACGUGCAGUGAUCGAGCGUUACAGUGUCUUUACAGACUGAAAUGUUGGCUGGAUUCAACAUGAAGCAUCGGACCUUUACACCUGCGAAAGACGAUCUGAUCAUAGUAUUACACAGCAAUGUGAAUGUUACGUUUAUGUUGUGGUGAUAGUGUUGCCUUACAGUGAUGUCAGCAUUAAGGCUUUGGUCAGAUCAUACUGUUAAUCACAUAGGAAUGGGUUAAAAAUAAAACGUUAUGUCCGAUUUUAACUCAGCUGUUAGAUUUGGUAAUAUGGGCUGCCAAAUUGUUUUAUUUUAAUGUGAAAUUUUUUUUUUUUUUUCAUCUGAUACUUAAAGUGCCAUAUACAAUAUAGCCUCUAAAAUCUUUUUCAUAUUUAUCAAACAGAAAAUAUUCAAUCAUAAUUAUUAUCUCAUGCCUUUUUUGAAUUUGCAUGUUUUCUGUUCUACAAAAAGUGUUUGUGUGAAACAUGAAACUACUGAUUUGUUUUUUUACAGGCUGGUUACUUUCCCCUUAGUGCCUUUUUUGCCUCUUGCUAGUGCAGGAUUUGUACAGUAGGUCUGUGUUCUCUGUAAACACUUGAACAGUUUUCUCAAAAUGUGGGAGAAUGUGGUCUUUGAAACAUUUAUUGUAUAGCUAACCUUGUAGCUAUGAUAUUGUUUUCAUAUUGCAGUUUUUAAGCCAUUUUAUUUGUCUUUGGUACUCUGCAAAAUGUUUGUUUAGCCAUAUUUUUGCAUAAUUUGUCAAAGCAAAUAUCUAAUUGACUUGUAUGUUUUUGUUUGAUGGCUGCUUUGUUUACAGUGUGUGUGUUUAUAACCAAAAAUAUAUAUGUAAAAAAAAAACCUUUUGUUACAAUAGCUUAUUAGCUGUUGAUUUGAACUAUGUUAACAGUAAAAAUAUCAAUGCAGUAAAAUACAAUUGUUGUAUACAGUGCCUUAGCAAGCUAUUGAAACCAAAAUCAGUGCAAACCUACCAUUGCUGUGCCUUAGGUGAUGUCAAAAGCAUUUAAAUGUUUGUUUUGUUUUUUUUAUCACCACUUUAUCAGAUAUUGUGGAGCUGUAACAGUUGUAUAAUUAUUACAGACACACUGUUCAUGCUGUGUGUAAAAGACAACAAUAAAUCCAAUAUCUGUUGUAUA